GUAUUUGCAAGGAACGAGUGCGACGCAAUAGACUACAGAGACAAAAAUUGCAAAACAAUUAAUAGCAAGUAAAAUGAUUUAAAAGUCACAGUUGCUGUCACAUUUUCAAACUUACAAAUAAAAUAUUUCAAAAAGUGAGUUCAAUAUGGCUGAGGAAAUGCUUAAAAUCACCUACUACCAUGUAUCUGAUAGUGCAACGAAGAAGCUGAAUGCAUUUUUGCGAAUGCCAUCCAAUAAAUUGGAUGAUUUGCGUCUUGACAUUAAGAGGUACCUGUUCCAGGAGCGCGAACUGCCUGUUUGCAAUUUCAGGACAUAUUGGAUUGAUUCGGAUUCUGAUGAAAUUGAGGUCAGCAAUCAAAAUGACUAUGGAAUUUUCUUGGCUAAAUGCGAGAAAAAUAUGCAUUUGCAUAUUGCUGCCUGUCUCAUCGAUGAUGAUCCUACCAAUUUCAUUAUUCAUGAGGGAAUAGCGUGCGAUUCAUGCAAGGCCCUCCCACUGAUCGGUUUCCGCUACAAGUGCAUGGUUUGUCCCAACUUUGAUCUGUGCCAGGCCUGCGAGUCAGCACACAAGCACCCGGAGCACUUUAUGGUGCGAAUGCCCACUAACAACGGACCGAAAUAUAUUGAUACCUGGAUAACUGGUGAACAUUACUUUAGCCGUAGCCUCCGUGAUGAAUCUCCAUUUAAAGCGGAAAAAACUAAUGAAGAAAAAGAACCCGUUACCGCACUUGUCUUUAAUUUGCACUUUGAUAGGGAUGCAGACGCAGACGCCAUUUUCAGAAGUCUUACACUCUCUGGGUCGCAAGCACCCUUGGGGUUUCUUCGUAGUGGCUUAUCAUGUUUCGAUUAUUUGGUUGUUUGACGUAUCUAUUCAUUGUAUGAUUAGUGCUAUCACUUAAUAAUCGGGUAGGUGGCCAGAGAGUAAUUUGACAAAGCCAGUAUAAAAGCAGAACCUGCUGCCGUGCGAUUGUAUACACAAAGAACGAGUGCGACGCAAUAGACGAUAUGGACAAAAUUUGGGAAACAAGUAAUAGCAACUAAAAUGAUUUAAAACGCACAGUCGCUGUCUACAUUUUCUGACUUACAAAUAAAAUAUUAAAAAAAAAAAAGAGUUCAAUAUGGCUGCGGAAUUUCUUAAAUUCACCUACUACUAUGUACAUACAUACAUAUGCAGUUCUAAUAACAUUCUGUUUUGAUAAUGUUAAACAAAAAUGUUAAGCUUAAUUAUAACGGUUAACAGUAAAAGAGCUCAGCUAAAUUGGCGUACCUUUUGCUUAUGGUUUGCGGUUUCUCGUUUAUCACCCAUUUGCUUUUGGUUAGAGUUUCAUAAUAUUGACUGAUAUGAAUCAUACGAACCGUUUUAGAGUGGACCCAAAUAACUGUGCUCGGUUUUCGUGCUUACUCAUUUGUCAGCUGGAGUCCGACGGCAAAUUGCACGACUUAUUAUACAAACCGGUUUACAAUGCGCCGAAAAUAACAUGAUACAAUUUAUGUAUGUACUUUUGCACAAGCCAAUCAGCAGCACCCGGGGGUUGGGAGUGUGGCUGCUGCCGCCUUUUACGCGCCAAGGUGAAGCACGUGCAAGCAACGGCAUUCAGCUGAGUCAUGCUCCAUUUGAUUUGAAAGUUUUUGCACACAAAGUUUACCAGAGAUCGGAGCCACUCAGCUGUUUGCUGUCUGCGUUCUUUCAAACGUUGUCUGGCAUUCAAAGCGCGCGGUCGCCCGGAGAUCCCCACUAAAAAACUAAUCUACACAACGUGAGCAGCGCACGUAGAUAGAUAAAAGUUGUUAGACAAUAAAAAUUGAACAUAAUAGGAAUAUGGAAAGUAAAGUUAUGCAAGGCUGUAGUGCGUCGGGACUGCGGGACGUUUGCGAGAGCACAAAUCUGCUGGACUAUGUCGGAACAGUUGUGGAUCAGAUCGAGAAUAAUGCUACAAUUGACGACGCAGCGUUUACGCUUAACAAAUUGGACGCACCCUCGGCGAGAUUCUAUUUUGGCUUCUGUGCCUUCAUCUCACACAUACUGCUCGCGGGUAUUACGUUGGUCGUGGUGCAAAAAUGUGUGUCCCUAAAAAUGGUGCAUACCGCCGGACAUGCCUUCUACUGCACAGUUGCUUUUGUAUUCCUACUGGGCGAAGCUCUGCUUGUGCGCCACAGCAGAGUCUUGGAAAUGUGGCUGGGCAUAUUCAAUGUGGAUCUGCUGCACAGCGCUCUCGGCCUGCUGGCCUUUGGCAUCGGUGUCGUCGGCGUCGGCAUCAAGACUUGGCAAAAGCGCGAGCGCAAGCGGGAAGAUCCAAGCGCCACAGUAAAGCACUUCCGCAGUAAUCACGGAUUCUUUGGCAUUGUCGGAUGUGUUCUACUUCUCGGCUGCGUUCUCAGCGGCCUGCCGCUCUAUUUCUAUACGAAUAAAUCGCUGCAGAUCAUUCAUCGCUUUUGUGCUCUCAGCAGUUUUGCAACACUAAUGAUUUCCCAGAUGUUCAGCUACAACACUGGCUUUGCGCGUCGCCAAUGGAAAGCACACCACAUCCGGCUCUUUAAGCUGUUCACAUUUAUUGUUACUAUUACGACAAUUAACUACGAAUUCAGAAGAUUUGUGCGCGAAAUUUUAACGAUUAUCUUGGAAAAUCUCGGUUAUUGAUUUAUGUUGAAAAUUAUGUUUGGGGAAUGUUGUCAUCAAAUCCAUUUUCAUUGUUAAGUACAUAUAUAUAUAUAGUUAUAAUUUUUAUUUUGUUUAAUAUACGAUACCAUUGAAUAACAUAGUUUUGAUUAGUUGCCACAUACACAUAUACACAUAUAUAGAUUACAUAGAUUAUAUAUUCGCGUAUCUUUCGUUUGGUAUAAUAAAUGAAGACAAUUCACCAGAAAUAAACCAAAAACUGACGGAAAUUAUGCCCGAAACAAAUAUAACUUGUCGAAUAUUAAAAUGGAUAAUUUGUUUAAUGUGCCACAAACGGAAUUAAUUGCGACCACUUUGCGAUGUAUGCAUAAUGUCCAAUGCGGCAGGUAUGUUACCCUCCACCGACUCCAGCAACUGCGUCAACCAAGCUCCUUCAUUACUAAAACCCAUGGCCAUCAUGGCGUGUACUGCGGCAUUGAUGCGUUCAUCUGUGGCAUAGAUCGAUAUUUGAAUUAAUUUUGAUUUCAUUCCAAGUCGGAAAUGGUUACUCACCGGUAUGGUAUAUGGGCACCUGGCGCUUCUCCUCGGGUGCUGGUGGAUUACCAGCUGUCGAUGUCGAGGUGCUGUUGGUGGACACACCUGUAGUUGAAGUCGAGGUGCUCACCGUAUUCACCUGCGAUGUUUGAGUGUGUGCAGUUGUCUGUUCGCGUUGUUGCUCC